AUGCUGGUGAAAGAGUAUCGGAUCUGCAUGCCCCUCACCACCGAAGAGGUAAGCGUCAGGCAGAUGCAGUGAUCAGCCUGCAAUAGCACAGGGAAGGACAGGCUGGAUGCAGUUGGGUGUUUGUUGCCAUUUAGCAAAGUGGCCUCUGAGCCUUGUCCGGAGCCAGCGACCCCUCUUUUUGGGGGAGGGGGGAGAAUGGGGUACUCACCCCCCGCUGUGUAGAGCAGGCUCAGAUGCAGCCCAUUUCCUUUUUACUUCCAGAGAGCUCCUGGUAGAGUGGUGGAGAGAGGAUGCUUUUUACUGAGGAAAGAUCAGAGAUGAGUAGAGUGUUUGUGUGUGUGUGUGGACAGGCAACAAUAUAAUUGGAGAAGAAAAAGGCUGGAGAGAUCUCUUCCUACCAGAUUCCCCGAGAGAAAUAUAUUAUAGCAGAGAACAAGGAGGGGGCUGGAGCAGAGGUUUGACUUUGGGCAGUGGGGUCGGGACCCCGGGGCACAUUUGCAAAAACAGACAAAUUGGUUGCGGGCAACACACACACCGCAACCACACAGUCUCACCAGAAUUGCAUGUACUCGCUCUCUCCCCUCAACAGUUAACUUUUUAACAAUUUCUUCAACUUCUCCUCCCCCUAAGCAUCAUUGGAAGAAGGGGGUGGUCUUUCUGCAGAGCGUAGCUGAAGAGGCAAGAGUUAAUAUUGCAUUCUCUCUCUCUCUCUCUCUCACACACACACACACACACACACACACACUCUUAGGCUUGUAGAAUGAGAUGUACCCUAUGGGCACCAGAAAGGCCUCUGUGAGCACACAUGCACCCACUCGCCCUGUGUUGACAGCCGUGGGGCUUCUAUGCAUAUCCUAUACAUAUCCUCAGGUGGUUUGAAACUAAGCCCUGGGACCAGCCUGUUGAAUAUCUACUUGCUUUGCAAUGACUGGAGUUCAGAACUCUUUGUUGUUUCCCAUGAGGCCAGUUCAGAUUCAUUUGUGCGUGUGUUGAUGCGUGUGCGUGAAGCUGCUCCUACCACCCUGCUCCUGACACAGGGUCUGCAUGAACACCAGGGAGCAGGGCAAGCUGGAGAGUACAGGAAGUGGCCCUGCUUAGGAGCUCCAUCCACACAUGGGGGGCGAGAUCUCCUUGCAGUGAGGGGUGCCUCAGAGCAUUUAAAAGUGGAGAACCAGGGAUGGGGAACCUGUGGCCUUCCAUAUGUUCUCGGACUUCAGCUCCCUUAAAUGCCAGCCGGUAGUCAGGGAGGACUGGUGUUGAACAACAUCCGGAGGGCCACAGGUGCCCUAUCUCUGGUCAAUACACUCUCUGGGUGAGGAGCUGGACAUCCUGGAAGUACAUAGAAUCGUAGAAUUGUAAAGUUGGAAGGGACUCUGAGGAUCGUCUAAACCAGCCCCUUGAAAUGCAAGGAUAUGCAGCUGUCCCAUACGGGGAUCAAACCUGCAACCUCUGCGUUAUCAGUACUACGAUCUAACCAGCUGAGCCAUAGCAAAUGGCCAUGCAUCCUGCUGUUAUUACGUUUAUAUACCAUCUUUCCUCUAAAAAGCUCGAGGUGGCACACACUCCCCAGUCCUAUCCUCACAACAACCCUGUGAGAUAGGUUAGGCUGAGAGGUAGUGACUAGCCCAGUGAGCUUCAUAGCAGAGUGGGGAUUUGAGCUCUGGUUUCCCAGUUUCAAGCCCAAUGCUCUAACCGCUGCACCUUACAGGGUGGGGGAACCUGUGGUCUUCCAGAUGUACCAUAUCGUUUAAUCCUUUUCCUGUUUAUAUCCCACCUUUCCUCCCUAAGGAGCCAGAGCAGCAAACAUAUCAAUAAUAAUGUGGUUAUUUUUAAAGAGCAUUUGAAAAGCAGUUUAAAACAUUCUAAACAUAAUUAAAACACUAUCCUUCAGCUGUCAAAUGCUUGCAGAAACAGGAGUGCUUUUAACUUCCUCCUGGAAGCCGAUGGCGAUGGAAACAAGUGCACUGCACAAGGGAGGGCAUUCGGCAUGUUGGGAACCACCACUGAAAAGGCCCUGUCAUGGGUUAGUGCCAGCUGGGCAGCCGCCCCCCGUGACUGCACCACCACCAAGGCCUCACCUGUCAAUCGUAGAGUCUUGAGAGGGUUGGUAUCAAAGAAGGCACACUUUUUGGGACAUGGGUCCCAAGUGAUUUAGAACUUCCUACACUGGUACUAACGCCUUGAAUUUAGCUUGGCAGCCAGUGCAGCAAUUUCAGGACUGGAGGCCUGCAAUCCCAUUGGGUUGCCCUGCUUACUGAUCUAGCAGCCACCUUUUGCACUAGCCCCAUGUAGGUGGCUGUUUGUUCCAAAGCGUCCCCACGCCAGUGUCCCCUUGCUUGUAAAAAGCAAAAUGGCUGUGUGAGAGUAUUUCCACACACACACACACACACACACACACACACCCCAUCCCAGCCUAGCUUAGAACUUUCUGCAUGCAGCACCCUUUUUAUUGGAGGGAAAACAGCUGCCUGAGUUUUUGAAUUGGCUCUUGGACCCAGCUAGACUUGGAAGGGGCAUCUCAGUCCCCACCGCCUUUCCUGGACAAUACAAGCUCUUUGUACUACCAGUUCUCGGCUUUCUGUGUAAACAGAGGAAGAAGUCAUAUGGGUGUGAUACUGACACUCUGGGGAAGGUGUGAGAAAUUCCCUGGGGUGGCGUUAAUUGUCCUGUUCUGGGGAUGCUGGACCUGCUGCCUUCAGAGGUCUUCCUGCUGCUGAGAACUCCCACUGUUCACUGGCUGCUCUCACCUCAAGCAGAGCUGGCAUGCCCAGAAUCGCACAGCCUGCAGGCUUGAAGGGGUAACAGCCUUCCCCCAAACUGGGGCCCUCCAGCUGUUUUGGACUACAAUUCCCAGCAGCUCCUUAUAACCUCAGGCUUUCCUCCUGAGGUGGACUAGCACAGGCAUGCAAAUCCACUGCUCGAGGGCAGCAAGAGCAAAGGAUGGCUUGUGCAUGCCAAGUUCAUUUAUUCAUUCCAUCUAUAUAGUACACCCUUCCUUCAGUAAGCUCAAGGCAAUGCACAAAGUCCUCCCCACCUUUUCUUCCUCACAACAAACCUCAGAGGUAGGCGAAACUAGAAAUUGCUGACCCCCUGAGUUUCAUGGCCGAGUGGGAAUUUUAUACUGUGUCGUUGUUAUGUUUUAUUUUUGCAAGAAGUUCAGAGAAUUAAUUUUAUGUCUUACAAAUACUACUAUGCGAACGUAAGAACUGGACCAAGCCAGUGGCCCAUCUAGUUCAGCAUCCUAGUCUUACAGUGACCAGCCUGAUGCCCGAAUGGGGAACCCACAAGCAGAACCUGAGCACAAUAUCUGCUCUCCCCUCCUUCCAUUUCCAGCAAUUGGUAGUCUGAAGCAUUACUGCUUUUCACAGUGGAGGUAGAAGAACAUAGCCAUUGUGGUUAGUGGGAGUUUAGCCUCAUCCUCCUCCAUGAAUUUGUCUAAUCCUCUUUUAAAGCCAUCCAAGCUGGUGACCGUCACUGCCUCUUUUUAGAGCAAAUUCUAUAAUUUAAUGAUGUGCUCCUGCUGUUACCACCACUACCAAUAUUAAUUUGAACCAGCGUCUCCCAAUUCUAGUUCAGCACGCCAGCCUGGCACUCUUGACUCUGCUUUUCCCAGAUUGGUAAACAUCUCCAGAUGUUUUUGGACUACAAAUCCCAUCAUCUCCUGCUGGCUGGGUCUGAUGGGAGUUGUAGUCCAAAACAUCUGGAGAGCGCCAGGUUGGGGGAGGCUGUCAUAACACACACACACACACACACACACACACACACACAGUAUACUGGAUUAUUUAAUUUCAGAGCACAGUUUCAUGUGACAGGUGCUAUUUCUACAAUGUUUUAACUCUCUAAAAAUGGGCCUUCCAUUCAGGAUGAGUCAGGAGGAGAACUCGCUCCUUCUCAAGAUGGCCAGGGGCUGUGUGGUGGUAAAGGCCCCAGCGCCAUGGUUACGCUGACAAUCUUUUUGGGCUAACUAGAUUUAAGUUGCCGCUCUGAGGAGGUGGAGGGGUCGGAUCUCAAUCUGGAUGAGCUUCUUGGAGAAGCCGAUUUGGUCAAUGCGGAGUGACACAUUCGCUCCCUUUGACAGAUGCAGCUUAAAUAAGCAAUCUUCUUCAGUCACUCCGUGGGCACUUCUGACACAACUUCCAAGCAGCUCCGAGGAACAAAGAAACUGCCUUGUACUGAGUCAGACCAUCUAGCAUAGUAUUGCCAGCACUGACUGGCAGCCACUCUCAAGGGCUUCAGGCAGGGGUUUUUCGCAGCCUUUCUUUUUCUUUUCUUUUUCCAAAAAACAAGAAACUGAACUGAACUGAAAACUCAUGAAACUAGCACUUUUGACAUCACCACAUAAAUGUACACAGCUUAGGUUAUAAACCAGUCACUUUCCAAGAGAGAGGGCAGGUUUGGUCUCUGCGACUGGUUUUUGAGAAUCACAAAUCAGAACCCUCUUCUGGCAUACAGAACUAGGCAUGCAAUUCCUUGGAUCUUGACCUGUGAAAAUCCUAAGUUGUUAGUACUGAUAAACCAGGCUUAGAUAGGGAUGGGUAAAUUCAAAUGUUUCUGAAUCCCUCAACCUUCAUUAUUUGUUUAUUGUGCUGGCUGGGGCUGAAGGGAGUUAAUCUGGAGGACCACAGGUUCCUUGUCCCUGACUUGGAGAGACUACUCCCAGUGCGCCUCCAAGCCCAAUUCAAGGUGCUUCCCUUUACAAAGCCCUAUGGCUUAGGCCCCAGAUAGCUGAAAGAGUGCCACCUCCCAUAUGGACCAGCCCAUGACUUGAGAUCUGCAGGGGAGGCCCUGUGAAGUUUGUGGGGUAGCAGUGCAUGACAGGGCCUUUUCUCUGGUGGCCUCCAAAUUGUGGAAUGCUCUCCCAAGGUGCUUCUGGCCUUGUUACUGUAAAUCAGGGGUGGGGAAGCUUUGGCCUUCUUGAUGUCAUUGGACUACAACUCCCAGCAUCCUUGCCAUUGACUAUGCUGUCUGGAGUUGACGGAAGCUGGAGUUUAACAACAUCUGGAGGACCACAGGUGCCCUGCUGCUGUAGUCAACAUUUUGAUGUCGGCUCAGGGCACAACUUUUCGCGCAGGGCUUUGUGGAUGGAAGACAUUAAGAUGGUUUAAUUGUGUUGCACUGUGUGUAAUCUGCCUUGGGACUACGUGACAAAUGGUGGUCUAUUAAUGCCUAGGAAUAAAUAACUUGAUAUAAAGCAGCUCCUGUGAGCUUAGCAACUGGAACUGCUAUGAUGUCUCCAAAACAGAACUGAAUGUUGUGGUGAUGGAAAGAGAGAGCUGUUUGGGGACAUCCCAGCAGUGCCUGAUCUCAGAAGACUGUAGUGUGGAUCCAGGGAAUAGCAAUAUAUUUCUUUACUUAUCACCCCACCUUUCCUCUAAAGACCUUGGGACAGUAUGCAUGAUUUUCUCAUACUUCCCCAUUUUAUCCUCCUAACAUCCCUGUGUGAGGUAGACUUAGGCUGAGAUUUGGCAAGUGGCUCCUGGUGGGGAUUUGAACCUGGUUCUCCUGCCGUAAUCUGAAAUAUUCUAACUACAACAACACCACACUGGCUUGCACAGGAUUUCAGAGAAGCUGGUUCAUGUCCCAUAUUUACCCUGGACUCCUUGUUCCACCUUGGGCAAAACUCUUAAAAUGUCAAAUUGCUGCCUGUAAAAAAAACAACAAGCAGCCUACCUCACUGGGUUGAAGCGAGGGCAAAGGCAAUAAGGCUCGUGAAACUUAGAAGAGGUAUAAUAUAAUAAAAGGCAGUUUCAGAUUUGUCUCUUUGUCAUGCUCAAGUGCUACCAAGGGACAAGGGAAGAUAAUGAAUGCAUGAUCACAACCUGGUCCCAGGGGGAAACAAAGGCAGCUGCCUCAAACCAAGGCAGAUCAAAGAAUCCUUCUAGCACAAUACUGUCUACAUCAAAGUAGCCAACAUGGUGCCCCUCAGAUGUAUCUGAGGCUCAUGGGAGUUGGAGUUCUUUUGCAGGCAAAGCACGUGCUUUCUCACAUAUGACUCUUCACUGAGGUAAUAGCAGAGGCUUGGGUAAUGGCCCUUGGUGAUGGGCAGUUCACUAGUAAAUGAUCUAAUUGUCAUGGCCCGGAAACCUUUGGUCCUCCAGAUGUAGCUGAACUACAACUCCCAUCAGGCUUAGCAAGCAUGGCCAAUGUGGUAGGAGUUUUACCUCAGCAGCAUCUGUAGGGCCAAAGGUUCCCAACACCUGCAAUAGCAGUAUAAGCUGGUCUGUUAGAUGCCUAAUGAAAGCUAGAGGCCAAUGUUUUGGCUUCAAACCAGAGAGGCCUGUGUUUAGAUCCUCACUUGGUCACAAAGCUUACUGCAGGGUGGCUCUCUGGACAUGGUUGGACCACAACUCCCAUCAUCCCUGACUGUUGGCCUUGCUGCCUGGAGCUGAUGGGAGCUGGAGUCCGAGAGGGCCCCAACCACUGACUUUCUGGGCAGCCUUAGGGCAGCCUUUCUUCUUGCCAUCCCUAACCAGUUUGUUGUGGGAAGAGUGAAACUUCUGGGGGAAGGGAAAUGCCAAAGCCCAUGCAAUUGUAAGGAGGGGAAAUCUUUUGGGCAACACCAGGCUGUGUAUUUGGUGGCCCGGAGUUUGAAUAGAUGGGCCUUUGAGGAGGCCACAAGCCCAGUGUGUGCAGCAUCCUACGACACCCUUCCUGUGGCCUGGGAGCGCAGGCUGCCCGCUUCACAGAGGCCUCCCCUGCUCAGCACGAGGAGUGUCAAUCAUGCGGCUUCCUGCCUCCUCACGUGAAAGGCCUUAGUUGCCGUGGUAGCGUGCGUCAUGGAAACUUCCUCAUGCACAGGUCUGUGGAGGAGCGGAAACUAAAGGUAUGCUGCAGAUCUUGUGGACAGACAGAAGGCUUUCCACCCCUUCCCCACAUGGUGGGUUUGGGGGCCCGCCACCCACCUUUGCUCUGGCUGGAUAAUUAACAUUUGCAAUUUCUCUGUAUGGUUGUGUAUGUAGAACACACACACACACACACACACACACAGAGAGAGAGAGAGUGCAUUUGUGCAUAGUGUGUGUAUUUAUAAAAUAUUUUGUGUAUUUAUAAAAUAUUUUGUGUGGGUGUAUAUGUAUACACUUGCACAAACACGUAACAAACAUAAUCUGCAUUAUUAUUAUUAUUAUUAUUAUUAUUAUUAUUAUUAUUAUUACAGUUAAUAAAACAAUGACAAAGCAACAACAGUAUAAAUUAAAAGCCAUUAAAAACACAAAUACAAAAAACAAAUUAAAAGCAAACCCUAACAAGUGGGCACUUGUGGUAAAGACCCAUUUAUUCAGAUGGGAAGUGUGUAGUCUCUGUUGCUUUGUUUAUAUACCACAUUUUACAUCUGCGCUCAGAUACAUCAAUGGUUCCUUGUUAUCCCAGGAAAAAGUGGCAAAUGUGGUGCUGCAGGAUUCUGUCCUGGGUCCGGGGUUGUCUUUAAAAAUGACUUGGGUGAAGGAAUAGAAGGGAUGUGCAUCAAAAUCAAGAUGACACCAAACUGGGAGAGGUAUCAGGGUUCAUGGGUUCAAAGUGACCUUAAUAGAUUGGACAACUGGGCCACAGCUAACAAAAUGAAUAUCAGUAGGGACAAAUGUGCGGUUCUAGUCUUUCCUGGAGCACAAAUGUAGGACGAGGAACAUCUGGAUUGACAGCAGUACAUGUGAAAAGGAUCUAGGAGUCCCAGUAGAUCACAAAUUUAGCAUGAGUCAGCUGUGUGAUGCAGCAGCAAAAAAUGCUAAUGCAAUUCUAGGCUGCAUCAACAGUGUCCAGAUCAAGGGAAGUCAUAGUACCGCUCUGUUCUGCCUUUGUCAGAUGCCACCUGCAGUCCUGUGUCCAGUUCUGGGUACCACAGUUUAAGAAGGAUAUUGGCAAGCUGCAACGUGUGCGGAGAAGGGAGUUGGGUAUGUUUAGCCUGGUAAAGAGGGAUCUCUUCCAACUCUCCAGCUCUAUUGUUCGAUGAUCUGUGCUGUUCAAAUAAAAACAGCUUAAGCGCAGCCAUAAAACAGCAGUGCAUAAUAAACAGUACAAUAUCUCUACAACAGAGCACUAAAAAAAAGAAAAAGUCAACUAUUUAACACACACCAAAAUUUGAGUGAGCAUAAAGCUCACCAACAGGUCAAAUAAAAAUAUCCGGUAACUCUGCAAACCUGCUUUCACCCCUCCCCCCCUCUAUUAUGCUUCAACCAAAAAUACAGAGCUACAAAAAUCAGAGUUCCCUUUGAAGACUGAUUGGGAAGUUGUAGCUCUAUGAGGGGAACAGGAGUCUCCUAACAGCUCUCAAUACCUUUAACAAACAACAUCUCCCAGGAUUCUUUGAGGGAAGCCAUGAUACUAAUAUGCUAUUGAUAAUUUAGGACAAUUAAUUGCAACAGGUUUACUUUCAGUAGGAUUUAUUUGGAUACAACCGAAAGAUCUGUGGUCUGUCUUUAUCCAAAAAAGGAAAAAGCACAGCAGACAUCUUCUUCACCCCUGUCAAUUUGUAUCUUGGCCAGGCAUAUUAAAGAAGGCUAGUAUGCAUGUAUCCCGGCUGCCCUGAAGGGACGAGGUCUUGGUAACUGCGUAUGUAGAUCAUUACACAGACGCCAGUGCCUUUCCUAGCAGCUGCAAAAUUCAAAGGACUCAAGAAGGCAGAGCCGUGCAAGUUUAGUGCUUAACAAACCCUAACAUCCUUGCAAAAAAUAAAAGAGCUUUGCAGCAGGAAUAAAUUUUGCAAAUCAAGCAUACUCUCACAAUGCUGGAACUUGGGGCCAACCAGUGAAGCUGAUCGUUGGAAGAUUUGCAAGGCAGAGAAAACAACUUAUUCACAUAGUGCAUAGUUAAUCUAUGGAGUUUGCUCCCACAAGAAGCGGUGAUGGCCAUCAACUUGAAUGUAUUUAAAAGGGUUUCAGACACAUUCAGGGUGGAUAAGACUAUCUACCUCCACCUUCAGAGCCAUUAUGCCUCUUGACUACCAGUUGCUAUGAAUUGCAAGUGGAGAAGAUAUGGUUGCUCUCAGGUCCUCUUACAGACAUCUGCUUGGCCACUAUGAGAACAGGAUGCUGGACUAGACGGGCCAUUGGCCUGAUCCGAUAGGGCUGCUCUUACGUUUUUAUGUUUUCAUAGAACUUCCUUUAUUCAGCUCUUGUUAGCCAUUGGGAAGACAGGCUUAAAGCAAAGCAUCUCUGCCUUCUGAAAAUUUCAUCUUAAUAUCUAUAUAUUCACAAGUUGUGGAUUUGUUUGACUCACUCAUAAGGAUUAGAAACUCAUUAUAUUCCAGACAAGGAAUGUAGUUUACUUCCAAGGAUUUUACCCAAUGUGUGCCAUCCCGGAGUACAUGGCAGAAGUAGUCAUGGGAAAGGCCACAGCUCAAUAGUAAUGAUCUCACUUGGUAUAGAGCAGCUUCCUAGGGUACUUGGGAAAGGACAGUGGCUCAGUGGGAGAGCAUCUGCUUUUCAUGCAGAAGGUCCCAGGUUCAGUCCUCAGCACCUCCAUGAAGGACUGGAACAUACUCCAGUCUGAAAUCCUGGAGAGCUGCUGCGAGUCAGUGUAGGCAAUACUGAGUUAAAUGGACCAGUGGUCUGGCUUAGUGUAAUGCAGCUUACUAUGAUUCUGUGAUGGGUGGAAGAAUUCUGUGCCUGGUACUGAAGACCACUAGAAAAGUGUCUAAGACUUUCCUUUUGUAUAAUAUUUUUAUUAAUUUUCUAUUUUAUAAUAUUUAAACACAUCUUCGUUAUCCACUUCUUUUGCUCAUAUGAGCCUGUCAACUUCCCUCCCUCCCACCUCAUGGUUUUCAAAAUUCAUUUGUAUAUCAUAGCAUUUAUACAUUUUCCAUUUUAUGUUUCACUCAUUCAGAAUAUCACAAUUUUUAAAUAAAUAUAAAAGGGUAGUAACAAUUAUCAUUACAAGUCUUCUUAUAACCCUGCUAGUGUUGGUUGCUUACAAUGGUCCUUCAAGAAUUGUAUAAAUUUACUCCAGUCUUUUUGGAAAGCUUGAUCACGUUGGUUUCGGAUUUUUCCUGUCAGCUUCGCCAAUUCCACAAAGUCCACCAUCUUCAUCUGCCACUCUUCUUUUGUUGGUAUUUCUUGUUGUUUCCAUUUUGGGACUAAAAGGAUUCUUGCUGCAGUUGUUGCAUACGUAAACAGUUUUUGAUCGCCCUUUGGUAUCUCUUCACCCCCUAUAACCAAUAAAAAUGCUUCUGGCUUUUUAACAAAGUACUUAUACAAGGCUUCCUCAACCUCAGCCCUCCAGAUAUUUUUGGCCUACAACUCACAUGAUCACUAGCUAGCAGGACCAGUGGUCAGGGAUGAUGGGAAUUGUAGUCUCAAAAUAUCUGGAGGGCCGAGGUUGAGGAAGUCUGACUUAUACAUUUUCUUUAACUCAUUAUAUAUCAUUUCCCAAUAUGCUUUUACCUUGUUACAAGUCUGCCACAUAUGAUAUAAGUUCCCUUCCUUUUCUUUACAUUUCCAACACUCCUUAUUUCUUGUCCUAUACAUUUUAGCAAGUUUAGUUGGUGUUAGAUCUAAGACUUCCCUCUUGGUCAGCAGGGCUGCAGUUACAAGCAUCCACCUCCCCUUAUUUCUCUCUCUUCUGCAUUGCUUCAACCUGAUGCUCCCCAAGCUGCUGAAAGUUUGGAGUUAGUGGUGGCUGGUACACGUUGGGACUGGUAGGGCAGAAGGCAGGAAGACCACCAGUAGGUGGCGCCAGAGGCAACGACAGAGAGAGCCAACCAUUCUGGGUUUGUCCCCAUUCUCCUCCUCCCUGCCCCUACAAGAGGCAGUAUGGAGGAUAAGGACGGAGGGGAAAGCUGACGGCCAGUGCCACCUGCUGGCCCUGUUGUAAGUUACGAAGGCAGAGCAGGUGUGGGCUGGCAGAGGGCAGACUGAGGUUGGUGGGGCAGUGCCCCAUUUGCCCAAAUGGACCAGCUUACGCUGGUUGGAGCCUCUGCUCAGGAGAAGCUGUUUGAUAAAUGGCUCAGAUCGACUUGAUCUUUUUGAACAACAAAAGCGUGUUCAGUGUUAUUCCAGAGGAGAAGGAAGAUGGCCUUGGCACCAAAGCAGAUGCAAAUGGCAAGUUGGCCCAUUAGGAAGAGGGUCCUAACGAAGGUGCAAUGCUGCUAUAGCGAUGCCAUCCAAGAAGGAUGAAUCCCCUGCAGAAGAGGCGGACAGUUUGUUCUGGGCUGAUUGUCCCUUUGGAAAGAGCUCAUUUGCACAUAAUUAACACUGUUUUCAUACCAUUUGCAUGGAUGUGGCAGACCUCGUCGCUCAUGUGGCCAACCUGCUUGCUUAGGGCAGCAUGACCUUCUGGGCUCAGGGAUACUGGCGAAGGGAAAACAUUGCAACCCACCCCCCAGGCAGAAAUUGUGACUCAGCACCAGAGCACAUGCUUCGCACCCAGAAAGUCCCCAGUUCAGUCCGCAGCAUCUCCAAAUAAACGGGGCCAGGCAGCCAUCUGUGGGGAAGAUCUCUCCGUGCCUAAGACCCUGAUCUGAUGCUGGAAAUUAGAAAAUUCUGUGCUGUGGACAAAUAUUCUGACCUGGGUAUAAGGCAGUUUUCGAUGCUGCAGGUUGGGUGAAAUGUGGUCAUUGACCAAAGUUACUAAUGCACAAGAAGAUUUUACUAGUCCAACUGACUCGAAAGUUGCUUCAUUCCUAGCUUUCUUAUAGCUUCUCCCCAUGGUCUAAUGUAGACAAUUUUGACCCGCCAUAGGUGACUGCCUGGUUCCCUCCAAAGGAUGGACACAAACAUCACUGGAUCUUUACAUGAUAGGCUAUUUCUAUUGCACCAGUGGCUUGCUUGGUCCGUGCUCAGUGUCUACAGUGGUUCCCCAAGAAACCGCUGCUCAUGUUGGCCUGGAGAUGCCAGGGACUGAAGCUGGGGCCUUGUGUAUGCAAAGCAGAUACUCUACCACUGAGCCGCGACCCCACUUUUUCCAUGUUUCGGUGACCUAUGGGGAGUGGAGUUCUUGGAAGCAUCCGCUGCUGUGGACACAGCAAUGUUUAUAUUGUGAAGCGCCCUGAGAACUUGUAUUGAAGGGUAGUAUAUAAAUCUCAUAAAUAUAAAAUAAAAUAAAUGUUGACAACAGGCACUGCAUUGCUCCAAGGGUUCCCUGCAGCUCUGCCCUGCUCUGGGAAAGUGUGGUGAUUAGUAAUGCGCUGUGCGAGUGGUGAUUUCAGGUUAACAUGCGGAUAACACUGACAAUUUGAUGGAGUACAGAUAAUAGCUCUCCAGCAGUUAGAGUGAUGACAAGAAGCUUCAGCAGAACAAUAAAAUAAUGAGUAUGCGAAGACAUUGUCAAGUGAACUUCUCCCCCCUCCCACAUUACUUGUCGAGCAAGAAAAGUAGUAGUCAUGUUUAAGUUUCUAGCAAGCGAGGGAGGGGCGCAAUAGGAGAAUUCCUAUUUUUCUACGGAGGACUUGGGACUGAUGUAUGUUGCAGCUCUUCCACAGGUCAUAACUUCUAUAUCCAGCCUCUGUUAUUGAUUGAUUGGUUGAUUGACAUUUACAUCCCACCUUUUUCUCCAAGGAGCUCAAGGUGGAGUACAUGGUUUUCCCACCCUCCUCAUUGAACCCCCUCAACAACCCUGUGAGGUAGGUUAGGCCAAGAGGCAGUGACUGACCCAAGGUCAUCCAGUGAGCUUCAUGGCAGAGGAGGGAUUUGAACCCUGGUCUCCCAGAUCCUUAUACAGUGGUACCUCAGGUUACAUACGCUUCAGGUUACAUACACUUCAGGUUACAGACUCCGCUAACCCAGAAAUAUUACCUCGGGUUAAGAACUUUGCUUCAGGAUGAGAACAGAAAUCGUGUGGCGGUGGUGGCGCGGCAGUAGCGGGAGGACCCAUUAGCUAAAGUGGUCUUCAGGUUAAGAACUGUUUCAGGUUAAGAACGGACCUCCAGAACGAAUUAAGUUCUUAACCUGAGGUAUCACUGUACUGCAGUGUGCAAGGCGGUGGUGUACAUGCCCUGGAUAUGUUCCAGUUAACACAAAAUUCAGACUUGUGAUGAAUAUGCUCCGGUUUUAGCCAUGUAGUGGACAUAUAAAGAUUUUCUCUCCCAAGUACUUGCUUUUUUGAAUAUUCAUCACACACACAACCCUCAACCCUAUCCUCUUGAGUGCCAUUGUUUUUCCUGUGUGCUAAAUUAAAGAUUUGUCAGAUGUAUGAUCCUAAACUCAAAGUUCUGCAGCCUGGUGCCCUCCAAAUGUUUUGGGGUACAGCUGUCACCAGCCCCAAUUGUCAGGGAUGAUGGCAGCUUCAGUCCAAGUCAGCUGCAGAGCUGUCCUAGCCAGUCAGGGAUCAUGUGAGCAGAAUGCUUCCUAGCCAAUCAGCACACUUCAAAGUUGAUCAGAUUUGGCUAUGUAAUGGAUGCCAUGGAGGACAUCUGGUGUCAAUGGAGAGGGAGUAGAUGGGUGGUAUGGAUGAGUAGGUGUGUAUGUACUCAAGGAGAACCCACAGAUUAUUUUUGAGUGAAUGGUGUUGUUUGGCAGUGUGAAAAAUGGAGUAGUUGUACAUCAGCCCUAUGCAGGAUUCAUUUUAGCAUGUUGGUUUGUUCCAGGCUGCAUUCACGUAGUAGUUUAUUCCAUUUUCCCAACUUGCCCAUUUUUGUUAAGUUCAGCAUUAUAGUUGAGCUUUCACACAAUGUAAAAGCCACUUCUGGAACUAUAGUGGAAUAUCAUGCAAGCUUAGAGCUUAUUUCCAUGUUAAUUGCUUCCAGAAAAAGAAAAAAAACACAUUUGCAAACAAUGUGGAAAAGAGUGCUGAACUUGAAGUGUAUUCCACUUUAGUUCUAGAAGUGGCUUUUACAUUGUGUGAAAGCUCAGAUAUAAUGUGGAAAUUAAUAGUAAGGGAAAUGUCAUGAAAUGGAAUAAACUUCCGUGUUUAUACAUCCUCGGGGUAAGAUCUCUGUGUUGCUACUUUCUGCUCUGUUUGUUUUCCUCUAGCUGUACUUACAUAUCUACAAAACCAAGGCAAAGGCAACGUACAAGUUGACUCUCAGAAAUGAGAGAAUUCUGGUUGUGUUUAAGGUGGAAGAAGAGUCAAUAUUUCCAUAGCUAUCUCACUUUAAUUCACUUUUGUGGGUCCUGUGCCUUAUGGAGGCUCCACAGUCCUUGCACGGGACUCUAACCAUGUCACAUGGGGGGAAGUGUUUGUGUGAAAGAGCUUUCCUGGGUAAAUUGUCUCCACAGACAUUUACCUAACCAGAGAGAGAAGAUGGGCUGCCAUUAAUUCACUAGGUGGCUGUAGGUGAUCUACUCUCUUCAUGUCAGCCUCCGGUAUGGGGGGUAAUGAUAAUGGUCUACCUUAAAGGGCCACUGUAAAGAUUACACUAAUAAUACACGCAACAUGAAGUAUUUUUUACCUUUGAAAGCACUAUAUGAAUCCUAAAUGUUAAUCAUAUGGGGUGUAUGUGACCCAAUAAUCCGCUGAACCCUACCUCACAGGGUUGUUGUGGAGAUAAAAUGCAAGGGAAGACUCCAAUUUGCUGCCUUUAGCUCCUUGAAAGGGUGUUGGGGCUGCUGCAAAGGGUAUAAAUGUAAUAAAAUAUACCAUAUUUUUGCAUACAUUUCCUCCACAGGCAUACUUUAUGCAAAUCAGUAAUUGAGUUUGGACAGAACUGGGAGCAGGGGGAAGACUGUUGGGGAACAUUGGUGUUAUGUCUGAGCAGAUACCGUAUUUUUUGCUCUAUAAGACUCACUUUUUCCCUCCUAAAAAGUAAGGGGAAAUGUGUGUGCGUCUUAUGGGGUGAAUGCAGGCUGCACAGCUAUCCCAGAAGCCAGAACAGCAAGAGGGAUUGCUGCUUUCACUGCGCAGCGAUCCCUCUUGCUGUUCUGGCUUCUGAGAUUCAGAAUCUAUUUUUUUCUUGUUUUCCUCCUCCAAAAACUAGGUGCGUCUUGUGGUCUGGUGCGUCUUAUAGAGCGAAAAAUACGGUACAUAAUACUUGCCCUAAUAAUUUGCAGUACUUCAUAUGGUGCUAGUCCCUGUUAUCUUUCCUGUGUCUCCUGGUUGCAGCCCUAGGACCUUUACCAGCAAAGUUGGUUUCUUAAAUGUGCAGAGCUGGACCUGGAAGCUGCCAGGAUAUUGCUCUAAAAAUCCUUCUUUCUUUUUUUUGAAGUUUUGGGAGAGGAUGGCACUCUGUUCAUACUUGGAGAGGCCUUUCCAUUUACAUCUUUUGAGGGCUGAGCCAGCUUGGACAAGGCUCCCCCUGACGGCUGAGGCCUCACAUGGGCUUUGAAAUCCGCACAGCACGUUUUGUGAGUCAGCUCCCCCUUUCUCAUCCGUAUGGCAGGCUAAAAGUAGCUCAUUUCAACACAGCUGCCACUCUCUUUUUUUGUCGGGGCUGAGCAAACAGCCCCAGCUAGCAUAUUCAGAAUUUGCUGGAACCUGAUCGCUUCCCUGGCAUCAGUGUUUACCUUGCAGAAACAAUCCCCCUCCUGUAAGUGUUUUCUGGCAGUCAAUAAACCAGCCUCUACUUUGCUUUUUCCAUGUCUGCAGAAAAAUUCUUGUAUUUAGUUAGUUGACCGCAAACACCUCUGUAUGGUAGGGAUGGGGAACCUAGGAAUCACAAGAAGCUGCCUUAUACGGAUCUGUCUAGCUCAGUAUUGUCUACACUGACUGGCAGCAGCUCUCCAGGGUCUCAGGGCAAGAGGCUGUCUUGCAGCCCUACCUGGAGAUGCGACAGAUUCAACCUGGAACCAACUGCAUGCAAAGGACAUGCUGUACAACUGAGUGAAAAUCCCUCGCAGGCUACAGAGGGGGAAAUAAAUCCGGCCCUCCAUUCCUCUCUGCUUGGCCCUCAGGACUCUCUCCAGGCCAGACACCCUCCCCAGCCUUGCUUUUGAAACCAUCUCUUUUAAAUAAGUCAGUCACACCAUGGAAAGCCAUAAGGAAACAACACAUCGGCUACUUUAAAAGCUUAUCUUUUUAACGGGAGGCUGCAUAAGAGGGGAGUUGCUCUCGGAGAGGAACGAGACGAGAGAAUAUUAGCCUGGGGAGCUUCAGGUUGAGCCGAUCCCUUGGAGAGCUGAAUUUGACGGGUGAGUUUUUUCCAUAGUUACCCAGGCCCACACAUGCAAAUAUCAAGCCGCUGUGGUUGGAUGACUUUUCCGUUUUCCAGGACGGCAAAAGAACUGAAUGUGCUGCACCCCCCAAAGGAAUAGCUGUGGUUUGUGCAAUUGUUGGAGCCGAGCCGUAAGCAGCCGUCAAACGGAAGCCCAGAGCCCAGAAGGCUGAGUCAGGUCAAAACCAGGAAUCCGUGACUCCAGGUGCUUCUGUUCCAUGUGCAUAGGACCAGUGGAGAGAUGCAGCCCCAGUCUAAAUAGGUUGGAGAGAGCCAUUAACCAGCCCAAGCUGGUGGAGACAUUGCAGGGAUGUGAUAGGACAUCUGCUUUGCAUGCAGAAGAUCCCUGUUUCCAUCCCUGACAUCUCCAGGCAAGGCCAGGAGAGAACGCUGUCUGAAAUCCUGGAGAGCUGCUGCCAGUCAGUGUAGAUAGUAUUGGACUAGCUUGACGCAAGUGUCUGACUCAGUUCCCAGCUUCCCAUGCUCCUUCCAGCAUCCCAACUACAUUCUCAUCUGGUGCUCCUAAGUAUGGCAGCAACAUUUCAUGCAUUAUGUUGCCUCCUUAGCCUUGUGACUACAGUGUGGUUACCGGUUUGUGGAGUGUGUGUUUGUGUGUUGGGGGGGGGAGGAAUGUCUGGUGAAUACUUGUCAUUUGAGAAAAUAUUCCCAUAAAGCAAGAGAGAGGGGCCAAAUACUACCCCCUGGGCCUUUCACUCUGACCCCCAGAUAUCUCCCAAGCCACACGCCUCUCAUAGGUCCUUCUUUGCAGCCUGAAAUUGGCUGAAAUGUGUCCUUGAGCCCCAAUCGUGCCCCUUGCUUCCCUGAAUGGAGGUUAGAGAGUAUUGUGUGUGCAGAACCCAGCCAGCUUCUGCCGGGGUUUUUUUUUCCUUUGGCCCUGUCCAGAAUUGCUAUGUGGCCCUUGAAAGGUUCCCCAGAGCUGAAUGCGGCCCUCAGGCUGAAAAAAGCAGCACCACCCCUGCCUCAAAAUCUACCACUCUGAUUCUGCAUCUUUCUGACUGUGUACAUGCAUUGCAUUUAAAGCACAUUAUCCCCCCCCAAAAGAGUCCUGGGAGCUAUAGUUCACCACUCACAGAACUACAGUUCCCAGCAUCCUUUACCAACUGCAUUUCCCUGCAGGUUUCCUUUGGGGAGGGGGGAAAUGUGCUUUGAAUGUAUGCGGUGUACACAGCUUCUAGCACUCUCUCUCUCUCUCUCUCUCUCUCACACACACACACACACACACACACACACUCUGCUUUCUCGUUGUUGUCACGUGCCUGGAUUCCUUCCUACCUUGGGAAUUGCGGCCUCCCCGUUCAGGACAGGCCAAGGUCAUUCUUCGCCGUAAACACAGCCUGUCUGGGCUUCCCCAAAGUGCCCCAGCCGUGACCUUCUCCAGGCAGGAUGGAUUCUCCCAUGCGUGCAAAACAGCCCUUACUGAGACCAGGACAUUCCCAGGCUCUGGCUAGGCACUUUGGGAGUCUGGUGUGCAGCAUGCGCAGGGGUGGGGAGCUCCCUCCUUAUCUGCCCUGGCUCUGUUGCCGGCACUCGGGUGAUCUGUCUGCGGUGCUGUGCGCUACGCAUCACGCCUCCUGUUUUCCAGAAAGUGGUCCAUGAAAUGGUGACCGGGUGCAGGGAAGCCAAGAGACGUUUCCUCCAUUGUGGCUUGUUUGUUUUGUUUGAUUUAGUGAUGUAGUGCUCUCAGUGCGCAUGGCACGUUCCAGAAUACAAGAGGCCAGGGUCUCUGCCUCCCAAGAGCUUACAGUUCACAAUGCAGAGGAAAGGCCAGACCAGGAGGAGUUUCGUCCACCGUAAGAUUGUCAGAAGAGCCUGGCUGCUGGAUCAAGGCCAAGGACCACCUAGUCCAGGACUAUGUUCUCAGCCAAAAUAGCCAAUGGUCAGGGAUGAUGGGAGAUGGAGGAACCACGCGCUUGCAGUGUAUGGUGUACACAUAGCCUUCCUUUUUUUAGUACACCAUUUUGUGUGCACUAAAUGCUUUAAAUGCUUUAAAAAUGAAAUGCUUUAAAAUGAAAUAAAUGCAGGUAAAUUCAGUGGGAAAGCUUAGCCUGAGCUGAACAGUUUCAAGUUGCCACAUUUGAAUGAUCCUGAUUAACUUUAAAUAUAUGUGUGUGUGUUUGUGUAUCUAUGCAUGAAUUGAAAGCUCAGUGUUUGGAAGAAAAGGUUUCAUCUACCCUUGACCCUAAUGAGCUAUUCUUCUUACUGCAAGGAGCAGGAAAAUAAUAGAUGUGUACAUCUACAUCUACAUUUACAUCUACAUUGCAUGCUUUUAGAUAAAGUUGGGGAUGUGAGCUUGCAAGGAUUUUGCCAGAUUAUCAAGUGGGUGGGUGUUAGGUACUUAGCAUCUCAUUUCCUACAUGUUUCGUUCUUGUGGUAAAGCUCCAGAUAAGAUUUCUUGGUUCAGUUGAAGAGGCUUGUGGGGGCACAGAGGCGGAAUUUGUAAAAAUAGAACAUUUGCUAGGUUUGGGAUCAUACCCAGAUGAAAGCAGUUUUAAAAGACAAAUUAACAGGGGAGCAUCUUGCAAAAAAACCCCAAACUCCAUAAAAACCGUUUAGAGCUAUUUUAAAAAAGGUUCCAAAAAAAAAGAGGAAGGCUUAAAAAAAUAUUGUGGUAUUUUAUAGCAUAAUCCUAUACAUAUUUACUUAGAAGUAAGUCUUAUUAAUAUAACCACCCCACCCCACUCACCUUUCCCCCUCUCUCUCCCUCUUUUCCUCAUAACUUAACAUUGUACGUAACACUAAUGUCUCACAACAAAUGAAACUGAAUUGUAGAAAACACAACUUGAAAAAAGAGACAACACGUGUUUUUGUACAAUAAGAAUUCUUUAAUAAUUUUUUUUUUUUUAAAGAAGAAGUAAGUCAUUGAUUUACUCCCAGGUGAGUGUAAAGGAUUUCAGCCUUUGAGUGGUCAAACACUCUUGGUAUAUUGUCCCGGUAACUCUUAGGACAACUCCCUAGUGCAGGCCAUUACCCACAUAUUACAGAUUUUGAACAGAAGGGGAGGUUUGGAAGCUUAGAGAAGGGUAGACUGUAUAUUGAACUUAGGGGUUCCCCCAAGUUUGGCCUCCCCUUCCCUUUUGUGGGCAGAGGGGUCUGUUUUGGCCAUUUAAGGAACAGCACUUACACCCACACAUUGGAAAUAACAGGAAUGUCGCUGUGUUGAGUCUCAUAUCUCAACAGCCCCCGUCCAUCUUCAGGCAGGCAGAGUUUGUAUGGCUGAGAGAAUGGCAGGCAGAGGGGCUCUCAGUCCUCCCCACUCAGGGCCCCCUCAACUCGGCUUCUUGAGCUGUGCAAGAUGACAGUCUUUUGUAUUUCCUUAACAGUACCGUGUUGGGCAGCUGUACACCAUCAGCAAGCACAGCCACCAAGAGAGCGACAAAGGGGAAGGUGUGGAAGUGGUGAAGAAUGAGCCCCACGAAGAUCCUGUCCACGGCUGUGGCCAGUUCACCGAAAAACGUGUGCACCUCUCCAGGUGAGAAGCCAGCCAGUGGCUUUUGUUGUUAUCUUUGUGUGUGUGGUUUUGGGUUGGGUUUUUUUUAUUAUUUUAAGAAAUCAUGAUCUGAGAUUUUAUUUUAUUUUUCAAAUUUUUUAAUUGAUUUUCCAAAUUUAUAACAAACAUAACAACAAACAAGAAAAACAUUACUAUAUCAAAAAGCUAGCAAACAAACAAACAUUUAUCCUAACUGUUAUAGUCCCAUUUUUGUUAUCAUUGUUGGGUGACUUCCUCAAAUCCCCCUAGCUGAGUUUCCAUAUAGCUCCUUUAGCAGUUUUCCAACACUAUUUUCGUAUAAGAUCUACUUGUUCAACUAACAUCUUUCUUUCUUUUCAUUUUUACUUCUAUCCAUAGUAUUAUAUAAUUUCACAUAUUUAAAUCCUAGGCCAAUCUGUUACUCACAAGUAAUUCUAUUUAAAUUAUCUUAACAUAUUUAACUAAAUAAUCCUUAAACUUCUUCCAUUCCUCUUGAUACUCCUCCUGCUUCUGGUCUCGGACUCUUCUGGUCAGGUCGGCUAGCUCCAAAAAGUCCAUCAUUUUCAUCUGCCAUGAUCUGAGAUUAUUAUCUCCCAUUGUUCCUCCCGAGGAGCCUCCAGGCAAGAAACACAACCAGAACCAAACAAUAUUUUUUUAAGUGUUCUAAAAAGCACUAUACAUUUAAACCACUCUGAUGCCACUUUCUACUGUCAUGGCUUCCCUCAAAGCACCCUGGGAAGCAUUGUUUGUUAAGAGUUGCUGAGAGUUGUCAGGAGACCCCUCAGACAGCUAGAAUUCUCAAGACUUCCCUAGGAAGAGGAGUUGCCUUCUAAACCACUCUAGGCAGGGAAUAGGGGUCUCACAACAGCUCUAAAGCUCCUGGAUUCUUUGGGGGGAAAGCCACGACUGUUUAAACGUAGUACAAUACUGCUUUACACGUAUCGUGCAGUUGGGGCCAUGUAGUAUUGUGCAUGGUACGGAUGUGGCCAAGCCUUUUCAUUUUGUACAAUGAAAGCUGAAGAUCUGGGGGUUAUGGUUCUUCUGGGAGGGGGAGCUCUCCCAUCCCAUGUGGAUGCCCAUGCUCAGAUUAGCCAGUGGGGUAUGAGUUUGUACAUGCAAAACACGUGCUCUGCCACUGAGCUUUAUCAUCGAUCGUCCCCCUUCCACCCACCAGCUGUACCUUGCUGAUUCAGUGUUUUGCUGUUCUCCCCAUUUGUUCUUCGCUUUCCAAUUAACUUGUCAUGGAUUCUGACAAUUACUCAAGACUGGCUUUUGUUUGAAAACCGCUGGAGACAAAAGGCAUAGCCCUCCCCCUCCCCUUGCUCACAUCUGCCACCUACGGAGCUGUCUCUGCUUGACUUGACCCCGUUCCUCACAAAGGUACUCUCUGCAGUGCAGGCAUACCUGUCAAUGGAGUGGGGCAUGUUAGUGUAUGCGCACAGCUGAGUGUGAAGGACUUCCUAGACCCUAAGAUCUGGCAGAGAGGCCCUUCUCUGUGUCAUGCCUUCUGGAAGAAGGUACAGGGUUGGAAAGACUAGGACUAGCCGCCUGAGAAACAGUUUCUACCCAAAGGCAAUUCUGGUUUUAAACACAGUAUAAGGAGUCGCUAUAGGAGUAUAUUGUAUUUUAAAAUAAAUGGGGUUUCAGAGUUUUUAGGGGGUUUUGAAUAUCUUAUGUAGAUUUUUCAAUUUCAUUGUUCUGUAUGGGACAAUGACAAUAAAGAUAGUGUAUCGUAUCGUAGCGAGGUGGCUCAGCUAACAGGGACAAGAGGAAGGGCCUUCUCAGUGACCGCCCCCAAAUGUUGUGAUUCUUUGCCUUGGUUGACCUUGUAUCUUCCUAGUCUUUGUUAGAUGGCAAAAAAUUAUGCAUACCUAGAUGGAAUCUUGGCUCUGGGGGUUGAAUGUGGCCCUUCAGACCUCUCUGUCUGGCCCUUGGGACACUCCCCAAGCCACACCGUUCACUGGCUGCCCUUCUUGAGUGUUUUUUUUCCUACCUGAAAUGUGUCCUUAAACUGUGAUAACACCUCUAGCUUCCUGGAGGUAUAGAAAACUUGGGCUUUGUGCAGCUAGAAUGUAGCCAGCUGUACAAAGAAUCACAUAAAUUGCUCCACCUAGUUUUGCCUCUGGCCCCACUCACCACUGGCACAUGCCCCCCAGAAGAUUCCUGAUUAGGGGGUGUGGGCCUCGGGCCGAGAAAGCUUCCCCAUCUCUGUUAUGUACACUGGAAGGGUGAGAAGCGUAUCCUUCUAUCUGAAAGGUCAACACUGUCCUGAAACAUUUGCACUUUGGAAAAACUGGGUGCUGGUCAGGGUUUCCUGCAAUGCAUACGCAAGGCAGAAGAGAGGUGUGUGUGUGUGUGUGUGUGUGUGUGUGUGUGUGUGAUCCUGCACCUAUGCAUUGCUUGCCCCCCCCCCCCCGAGAGAUUGGAGCAUUGUCUAGUUGUCUUUCUUUGGCAGGUUGAAGGCACCAUGUUGGGAAAAGGCUGCUCUGCCUCUCUAUUUUGUAGACAUUAAUUUCAGAGAACUGGACAGAGCAGAGGAAAGUUUCACCAAGAGACAAUAACAGUUAAAUCUUGGCAUUUGGUGAGACAAAGAAAAGCCAUUAGAACACAGAGAACCAGUUGAGCAGGAAAUCUGAUGAACUCCUGCCACUAAGAAAUAAAAAUCCUUGUAAACUUUAACCACAAGACCAUGCUCCCACGUUUUGUUCUCAAACUGCUCCUCCAUAUGAUGUUUUUGAAAUAUCCCCAGAUGUUCUUGAUUACAACCAUCCUUCCCAGCCAACUCAGCUAAUAGGGACCAUGCAAGUUGUAGUCCACCAACAUCUGGGGACCUAUGGUUGAAGAUCCAAGCUCACACUUUGCCAAUCUAGUGUCCUCCAGAAUUUUUCAACUCCAACUCCCAUCAGCCCCAACAUGCACAUCUCUAGUAUUCCACAACAUCUGUGUUCUGCCUCCACUGACAGAGGCAGUAUGCCUCUGAAUGCCAGUUGCUGGGACCUUCUGUAUGCAAAACAUGCCCUGUCACUAAGCUACAGCCUUUCCUUGAAAUAAUCCUCUUUCUCUGUAAAUCUUGGUGGGAGAGUCCAGCUGACUUGGUGGUGGUAGUUGCUUCCUGUCGCUGUGACCCUGGUUCAUAUGUGAGCUCUACGUAAAGCUUGCACAUGGAGAGAAGCCUCUCUGUGACAGUAGCAGCCAUCAGUUGUGGCAGCUGCUGUAGCCACCUGCAGAGAGCUGCCUUCCAGCCCUAUCUCUCAGCCCAUUGAUGAGCCAGUUAGUGGAGUGCUGGCUCCUUUGGCUGACUUCCAGUGAUGUCUGGCUUAGAAGCACCAGAGCAGAGUGGAAUGAGGAAGUUACUGUGCUUUGCUAUAAUUUCCUUGUUCCUUUCUGCUACUGCUGCUAAACAAAUCUAGGCCUUUUGGAGCUGGUGGUUAUGCUGAACGUGACUGGGAGUGUGUGUGUCUGUGCAUCUACGUGUGUGCAGUUUGCACAGGUGGUGUUAGCAUGGGGUAAGAACACAAGAAGCUGCCUUAUACCAAGCCAAGCCAUUGGUCCAUCUAGCUCAGCAUUGUCUACACUGACUGGCAGCAGCUCUGCAGGGUUUCUAGGCAGGAGUCUUUCCUAGCUCUGCUUGGAGAUGCCAGGGAUUGAACCUUGUAUACAACACAGAUACUCUGCCGCUGAUGUUGCUAGAUUACAGUAGCCAUCACCCCAAACACGGGGGCUGGUAAGAGUUGUAGUCCAGCGCCAUGUUGCCUAACCCUUACCAUUCGGCAAAACCAACAGCUGCUACAGGCAUUUUUCCAAGCAGAGGCUCUGUUCUGGCUCUCUGACAUGCUCAGGAUGGCAAAACAUCUUGGCUUGCCCAUGUACUUGGCCUUACAGAUAGUUUCACUUGUCAUUCCACCCACCCAGCUGAAAAUAGGCAAUGUUUAUAAGCUUCAGCAAGGCUAAAUUCCCUUGCUUCCAAAUGCUCCCGGCGUAAUGGAUCAGGCAGGCAGCCCCUCUCUGCUUCCCGGCUCCUCCCUUUCUUUUCUUCCCCUUGCUUCCACACACUCACAUGCACCUCCGUCGCUGCAAGCUUCCCUCCUAGGCUGCCGAGACCUGUCCCCUUUUGCCCAACUGUCCAUUGGCUCAGAACGUGUCUUUCGGAGACAGCUUUGGCUGCGUGGACUUGUCUCACUGCACCGCUAGCUGCUGCGGGAGCCAUCCGUGCAAGAGGGGGCGGUAUUUUUAGACUGCAUUCUCACGAUUCUCCUCUCGGGGGAUGCUAUUUAUAGAGCGCAGAAUCUAAUCAAAGCGGUUGGGACGGAGGGGCCCUUGCCUUUUUCCACCCCACAGUUUGGGUGCCGCAUCGCUUGAUCCAUCUGCAGGAAAGCCGGUGAGAUUUCAGCUGCUGGUCUAAAGCGAUGCGAGAGCCAGCAUCUCCCCCACAGAGCCCUUCGUGACACAGUGACAAAGAAACACUCCUGUCUUCGCUCUCCCUUCCCUGUCCCAGGUGCUACAAACUUGUGUCUGUGCUCAGCCAUUCCUUCCAGCCACAUGGAAGCAUUUGGCUGUUGGGUGGGGCAUUUUUCAGCCCAAGGGCCGUAUUUCCUUCUCGGGAACCUUCCAAGGGCCACAUGCCAGUGGUGUGUGGGGCCUGAGGCAAAAAUGUGCAGAGCAAUGGAUGUAAACGUUACCUUUGUACAGUAGUUUCUGCACACAUGCACACACCUCUCUCUGCCCCUUUCCAGCUAAGCAAGAGGCAGUAGGACUCAGAGUUCAAGGACUCAUUCCAGCCAGGCAAAAACACUGUUUAGAAUAAGUGGCCUGGGCCUUAAGUGUCAGAGUCUGCAAUGCAAAGUCCCUGGUGCCUUACCGUUUCUCUGCCUCAGUUUAUCUUCUGUGCUUUCCGGGGUUUUGAACAGAGGUCUUUCCCCAGCCCUAACUGGAGACGCUGGGGAUUGAACCUGGGACUUUAUGAAUGCAAGGCAGAUACUCUGCCCAAUGAGCUACAGCACUUACACAUCCCUUUUGGGUUUUAAAGAUUUGCCUACUUGGGCUUAGACAUGCCCAUUUUAAGAUUUUCUCUGCUUUCCCCUUUAUGCUGUGCCGUCCCACCAUUAGCAAGCUGCCUAGCUGGGCUCGCGCUGUGACGCCACGAAUAUUCUACAUCACAGAGAAGGCCUGGAACUAUUACCCAUACACAAUCACAGGUAAGGAGAGCUCUUCUGAAUCAGACAAAUCUCCGUCUCACCCAGCAAUCUCUUUCUGCAGGGCCCAAAUAGAGACCUCUUGAGAACCCCAGAAUGGAAUAGUAUCUGGUGAGGUAGCUGCAAUCUUCACUUCUCUCUCCUACGUCCCUGGCACAUAGAAUGGAUCUACACAGAUAUAUAAAAAAAUAGGGAAUUUGAAAGUGUAGGAGCUGCCACACUAAAAGAUUGAUGUCAGGCAGACGUCUUCACCGUACUGCCUUUGGCACCUGCUGAAAACGUUUAGACAAGCUUACCCAGAUGAUCUCAGUGUUUUAUUCUCUUUGUAAACUGCUUUGAGGUUUCCCACAGUCAAGCGGUAUAUGAAUCUUUUGAACUUCAGUUGGAUACAACUCCUGAGCCACCCAUCAGGUUGGGCAAAAGGCUUCCCAGAAUUUCCAUUUGCAGCUUUCCUGAUAGGAACGGGGCUGAGUGCAGGGAACCUCAGCCAAUGCUUCUCCUUUCUGCCUGGGCUGUUGUGCUGGAGCUGGGUGGCUUAAGUUGUCAAGGGAAAUUCAGUUAUGGCUCCCGCGGCAACUGUCCCUCCCCAUCUCAUCGCUGGUUUUCUCUGUUUCUUUCCUCUGCUGUCCUGUGGAUUCCUGGAAUCGCCUCGCCAUCGGCUCAGAGUACACGGUAAGUGCCAAGAUGUGCUUGCAUGUUAGGCACUUUGCUGCUUUUCCAAAGGAACGGCUUGUAGCAUGGGCUUCCGGAGUGGCCCUGAGGCAGCACCAACUCCUCCAGGCAGGAGGCUGCACAUGGGAACAAGUGAAUAUGCGACAGGUAGGAAAGAAAAGACCGGUUUGGGGAUGUCGCAGUCAGCCUGUGAAAUCCCCCCGGUUUAUCCUCCCCCUUUCUUUCAAGAAGCUGAUAGUGGCUGACGUGGCCUCCCCAACACCACUGUUUCCUCACAAGAACCCUGUGAGGUAGGUCAGGCCUUUCUGAUGUUGCUGGACUACAGCUCCAUUCAGCUCUACCUCUCUUUUAAAUCAGAACCAGUGAAGGUCCUGUGUGAGUGUCUGGAGGCGGUUGGAGGAUGGAUGGUGGCUAACGGAUUGAGGUUGAAUCCUGACAAGACAGAAGUACUGUUCUUGGGGGACAGGGGGUGGGCAGGUGUGAGGGACUCCCUGGCCCUGAAUUGGGUAACUGUGCCCCUGAAGGACCAGGUGCGCAGCCUGGGAGUCAUUCUGGACUCACAGCUGUCCAUGGAGGCGCAGGUUAAUUCUGUGUCCAGGGCAGCUGUCUACUAGCUCCAUCUGGUACACAGGCUGAGACCCUACCUGCCCGCGGACUGUCUCACCAAAGUGGUGCAUGCUCUAGUUAUCUCCCGCUUGGACUACUGCAAUGCGCUCUACGUGGGGCUACCUUUGAAGGUGACUCGGAAACUGCAAUUAAUCCAGAAUGCGGCAGCUAGACUGGUGACUGGGAGUGGCCGCCGAGACCAUAUAACACCAGUCCUGAAAGAUCUUCAUUGGCUCCCGGUAUGUUUCCAAGCACAAUUCAAAGUGUUGGUGAUGACCUUUAAAGUCCUAAAUGGCAUCGGUCCUGUACACCUGAAGGAGCGUCGCCAUCCCCAUCGUUCAGCCCGGACACUGAGGUCCAGUGCCGAGGACCUCCUGGCGGUUCCCUCGCUGCAAGAAGUGAGGUUACAGGGAACCAGGCAGAGAGCCUUCUCGGUAGUGGCGCCUGCCCUGUGGAACUCCCUUCCAGCAGAUGUCAAGGCAAUAAGCAACUAUUUUACUUUUAAAAGACAUAUGAAGGCAGCCCUGUUUAGGGAAGUUUUUAAUGUUUGAUGCUGUAUUGUUUUUAAUAUUUUGUUGGAAGCUGCACAGAGUGGCUGGAGAAACACAGCCAGAUGGGCAGGGUAUAAAUAAUAUUUAUUAUUAUUAUUAUUAUCCCUCAGCCGUUGGCCAUGCUAGCAGCGGUUGAUGGCAGCUGGAUUUCCCUCCCCGCAAAAUUAUAAUGCAUGAUAGCACUGUGGUGUAGUGACUGGAGUGUUGGACUAGGGCCAAGUUCUCACUCAGCCAUGAGGCCCACUAGGUGCCCUUGGGCCAGUCAUUAUCUCUUGUGACCUGACCUACAUCGCAAGCUUGUUGUGAGGAUGAAAUAGAGAGGCGGAGAGGCGUGCAUGCCGCCUUGAGCUCCUUGGAGGAAAGGUGGGGUAUAAAUGUGAUAAUCAAUAGAUAAAACAAAGAGAUAAUCUAGGCUUUGCUACCAGACCUGUACAUUUUAAAGAAGCAUAACCUGAUCAGUCUGGGCAGAACCCUCCCAUUCCUCCAUUUUCCUUUAUUCCUCCCACCCUGGCCCUUUAAAUUAUUGGCCAUUUUUGCAGCAUUGCACCCAUUCAAUCCUUUCUGCUCAGUGGUAAGCCCUGUUGAGUCCAAUAGGACUGGCUCCCAGGUGACUGUGUAUAGAAUCACACUGUUAGACACACAUUCCUGAUUUUAUGAGCUGGUGUCUUUCAGCAAGUGCUGCAGUCUUCACUUCUCUCUCCUUCAUCCCUGGCACACAGGCUGGAUCUACACAGAUAUAGAAAACACCAUGAAAAUGCUAUGGGGUGGGGUGGGGAACACGCUAUAAAAUAUAUGUGCAAUUUGCCAUUGAGCUCUCCAGUGCCAUUGGAGUCACAUUUUUAACAUGCACUUAUAACGUUAUAAUUGCAGCUGUGCAGCUGAGUCCAUAGUAUGCCCCUGGGUGUUGAGUUAUCCAUGACCAGGCAGGCGAGAAGGAGCAGCAACUAGCAGUGGGUAGUUGCCUGCCUUCCUCUUUGCCAGCUGCAUCUGUCCUCCCCCUCCCCAGCCAGCAUGGCUAACAUCUGGAGGACCUCAGGUUCCCCAUCCCUGGUUCACCUUCUCAGAUUCUCCUCCUCGCUUCUUUUACAGUGCUCUUUCCUGCCAAAGUUCUCUAUCUACAUAGAGACCAAGUACGAGGACAACUGCGGAGACAGCACAAAUGUAAGUGCUAAUUGGGAAGAGUUCUCAAUCUGGCACAGAAAUGUCUGCCAUCCCUAACCAAGAGGCAACAGGAUGCAAUGGGAGGUGGGGAGGGUGUCCUUUGGUGCCUUGGGUUCCUUGUUUUGCAGUGUGGCCAAUCAGGAGCUUCUGUUAAGGGGGAAACAUGCCUCUCCUUUGUAUGGAAUCGGUGGUCCAUUCCCCCAUUUAGCCAGCAGGUCCUAUUCUGAUUGGCUGCGGCUCUUUGAAACUUCAGGCUGAUGUCCUCUAGUUGGAGACAGGUUGGCAAGGGGCUUUCUGCUGCAUGGCAUUUUGCAGAGGACAGGUCCCUGCCCUGAGGAGCUUACAAUCUAGAUUCCCCCCCCAAAAAAAAAUCGUUGACACAGUAGUUUGUAAAGAGUGCUGAGAGGAGACCCACAUUCAGAGCCACAAUUAACAGAAGGGUUUAACAAUCAGUCGUUCUUCCCAGGGAACUCUGAGAAUUGUAGUUUGGAGGGAAUAGGGGUUUCCCAGCAGCUCUCUGCACCCUAAACAAACUACAGCUCCCAGUUCUUUAGGAGCCAGGAAUGAUGAGAGUUUCAGUCCAAUAUUAUCUGGAGGGACACAAAUUAAGAAGGCAGGUCAGACCCUUGGUCCACCUAGCUCAGUAUUGCCUCCACCGGCUGGCAGAGGCUCUCCAGGAUUUCAGGUGCGAGGCAUGCACUAGAGAUGCUGGGGAUUGAACCCAGGACCUUCAGCAUGCAAAGCAGAUGCUCUGCCACUGAGCUACGGCCUUCCCCAGUUGUUGUGCAUCAUGUCCUGCCCUACAUCCAAGCUGCUGGCCUGACAGCCCCAUCUCUUUCUCUACAUCUUGCCCUCCCAGAUCUUCCACAAGGAAAACAUAUUGGGAGACCACGAUGUGACAUUCCUGGACAUCGCCUUUGAUGAAAUCCCAGAGCGCUACUACCGGAGCCUAGAGGUAACGUGAGGCAGGGAGGCACCUGUCUAGCCAGGUUUGUGUGUGGCCUUUCCCUUGCCUGAGUCCUGCUGUGACUGUAAGGAAAGCCCUGCUGCAUCAGACCAAAGGCCCAUCUUGUCCAUCGUCCUCAGUGGCUUUUCAGAUGUUCUGGGAAGCCCACAGGCAGGGCAGGAAGCCUUCUGCCUGCGUUUAUCCCUCACCUACUGGCUUUCCAAGGUACACUGCCUCUGAGUGUGGAGGCUCCAUUUAACAAGAGCCCUGCUGAAUCAGACCAAAGGCCUGUGUAGUCCAGGAAUCCUGGGCUGUACCCAGUGUUGGUCUGAUGGACCCAUCAAAAUGAAUGGAUCAGCCAGCAGCCCAUCUAGCCCACCAUCCUGUUUUCGCAGUGGCCAGCCAGAUGCCUGGAGGGCAGCCCUCAAGCAGGACCCAAGUGCAAGAGCGCUCUCUCCUACUGUGGCUUCCAGCAACUGCUGCCUCCAACCAUGGAGGCAGAUUGCAACCAUCAUGGCUACUAGCCAUUGGUAGCCUCCUCCUCCAUGAAUUUGUCCAGUCUUCCUCUAAAACUAUUCAAAUGGUGGUCCACCGGCUCCUUAGACUUGUCUUCUCCAUGUUGGUAGGAUCUCCGGUACUUCAGCUCGACCAAGACUGGCCGUGGCCCGCUGCGGGAGGGCUGGCGAGAGCAUACCAAACCCAUCAUGUGCUCCUACAAGCUGGUGACGGUCAAGUUUGAGGUGUGGGGGCUGCAGACACGGGUGGAGCAGUUUGCUCACAAGGUGAGAGCUCAGCCUGGAGACAUUUGGGGAUCUGGAGGGAUGGAAUGGGCCCUGCUUUUGCAGGGAGUGUGGAAGGUACACUUCCUGAGUUUUGAGAAGUCCUUGAUUCUCAUCAGACAGAUUAUCCCCCUGCCUCAAAGCAAUAUUCUGUGCCGGGGUGGGGAACCUGUGCCUGCCUAGAUGCUGCUAGACCACAAAGCCCAUCAUCCCUGAAACACAAUGGAUUGCUGUUGUGAUCCUCAGGAAUGUCCGCCUCCAAGGAGGGCUGGUGGCUCAAGCCAGGGGAGUUCAAAGGUUCCUGGGUUCCUGGGGAAGGCAAAAGUCAGCACCUUGGAGGAGGAUCAGGGUGUGUUCAGGACCACAGACAGUGCUUCUGCAGCUGAGCCAACCAUCCAUGUUGUCUCAGCAAGGUCGUGGAGCAACUGGCUUCAUAGCAGGGUUAGGCAGUCACUGACUGGACUAUGCUUGCUGGGGCUGAUGGGAGGUGCAAUCCAAAACAGGGAAGGCUUCUCUGGAGAAUAGGAGAUCAGUCUGUGCAUUGCUGCCUCCUGCUGGCAGGGCUCUCAACCGCUCUGCUAGCAUAGCAGCCUUCGGUGGUUACAGUGGGAGGGGGGUGACCCUCCCCAUGGGGCUUGCUGUGAUCAUUGCCUCCCAAAAGAUAGAAGAUACCUGAGGAGUUGUUAACCUAGUUUUGGGUUGCAGGCCAUCCGGGACAUCUUGCUGAUCGGCCACAGGCAAGCUUUUGCCUGGGUGGACGAGUGGUGUGGUAAGUGAGCCUUUUUGUUGUGUUGCUGGUGGCAGAGUGGGUGGGAAGAAGAGUGUGUGAAAACUCUUUGGGCCGUGGGAGAAUCAAGCUUCAGGGUCCCCUUUCCCUAGGCUGCCCUGCUCUUUACAUCAUUGCGUUUUGCAUUCAUAAGUAUGGACCUCCUGUUUCCUCCUAAUCAGCAACACAGAGUAGGGCCCUCGUUUUUUUAAACUUUAAGCAUGCACUGAAUUAAUGGGGAGAGCCUCCUGCCCUUCACUGUGCUUUUAAAUCCCCUGAUUGGAAGUACAACAAGAUGGUUAAACAGUAACUAAUCUGUGACCUGCAUUCUUGAGUGUGGGCCCCUCCGAUGCGAUCCUACAACUGCACACAAAUGGAAAUGUUGUUUUUGGAAAACGUUUGCUUUGUUCCCCCUGGAGCUAAAAGCUGUCACUGGUGUCUCCCAUAAAUCUCAAGCCUCGCUUAUUUUAUUUAUCUGUAUUUACUAAACCUGUUUCUAGCCCUCUUCUUGAUUUUGAAGAUCUCUACAAAGUGCACAAAAGAGCAAUACACCGUUAAUUAAAUUCAUAUUGAAACAAAAAGGUCUACAGCUGAGAGGAGGAACAGCAGUGAUCAGUGUUCGCAAACUUUUGGGAUCCGCUUUGGGGAAUGUUAAGUAGCAAAUCAAUUCUGACCUAACGUGUCCAGUUGUGUGCAGUUCUAGGUUUCUUGGCAAAGGAGUGGGGUUGUGAUCACCCAAAGCUGUGGAGGCUGGUCCAUCAGAGUGACCACUGCCCCACCCAUCUCCUGCUGCCCUCAGCCAGCCCCCACCUGCCUGCCUUCCUACUUACAGCCCAUCGAAGGUGUGGCCCUGGCUGUCAUCUUGCUCCUCCUUAGUCUCUGUGUCACCCUUGUAGAACUCAUACAAAAACCCCUUGUAUUAAAGAGCCCCGUGGUGCCUCUAAGCCAGUGUUUCUCAACCUGUGGGUCCCCAGAUGUUGUUGGACUACAACUCCCAUCAUUCCUAGCCAGCAUGACCAGUGGUCAGGGAUGAUGGGAGUUGUAGUCCAACAACAUCUGGGAACACACAGGUUGAGAACCGCUGCUAAGCCACCUCUGGCUAGGAGCUGCCACAAAAUUUCUCACCCCUCUAAACUAUCUGAGACACAGCGUCCUUCUUACCUCACAAAUCCCCUUCUGAGGAACUGUAAGCGAAAAAGGUGUUUAGACUCCCGCAGGUAAGUGGAAGGCAGAACAUUACUACCUGACCCCACUUUUUUCUUACCUUCCUUUUCUAACCCAGCUAACUUUUCCCCUCAACCCCUGUCCUCUUCAUUUCCCCUCUCCAAUGUUUUCCUGAGCCUCCUCUUCCUCUGAGUUUUGCUCCAGUGUUGACCGAGGUUGUGCUGUCUUGUACCAAUGCUGCCUGGGUCUAAGGUCUCUUGAGUGUGCAUGCACAGGAUCAACUCCAGCCUGGUGGGGGCUGAGGGGCUCUCCUCCUUGCCCCCUACAGUGGGCUUACAUAGCAGCAGCAGCUCUCAGACCAGUGCUGGCGGCCACUUCAAAUUUCCCAUAAUGCCCAGAGGAGCCUGAUUUAGUGUUGCUCUGGGGCAUCCUGGGAAAUUUAAAAUGGAAGCUUGUUGAUUCCUAGGACCCCCCCCCCCAGGGAGGAGGUCUUAAGCACGCAGCAGUGCCAAGGGGGCUCUCAGCUGCCUGGUGUUAUUGGGAGCUGAUGCCAACCCUGAAAACAGACAUACAGAGUGAGCCAGUGGAUUCAGAACCACAUCUCUACUGCAACACCACAAGGGAACACAGGAAUAUUUCAUUUCCAGAGAGUAGAGCUGAUCUCCUAGGCCUUUCCUGCCCAAUUAUAAUAUCACAGUCAACACAAGGGACCUCCAGAAGCCAUCCAGCCCACCCUUCCUCACUGCAGGAUCUGUGACAUUGCUUGCUACCUCGCCUCUCUUUAAAUGCAUCCUGCCAGCUCCCGAGGCAAGCUGGCAUUCCACUAUCGAACAUAUCUGACCAGGUGGAAGCUUAUUCUACUCUGCAGCCAGAAUGUGCCAUGAUCCCCUGCUCGUUUCCACCCAUUGGUUCUAAUUCUAGGUUAGGGAAAGGGGCUGUAGCUUGCCAGUGGAGCAUCUGCUUUUCAUGCAGAAAAGACCCCUGGCAUCUCCAGGCAGAGCUGGGAGAAACACCUGUCUGAGCCUCUGCCAGUCAGUGUAGGGGAUAUUGGGCUAGAUGGAGUGAUGGUCUGACCCUGUGUUCCUACAUCAUCCUGCCUUCUGGAGUAACUGAGAAUAAGGUCCUCAAAAAACGAAUUAAGUGCAGUUCACGUCAGGCUGGCAUCUGAGACUCUGGGAGGGCAGUGAUGCAAAGGCAAUCAACCCUCUUACAACUCCAACCAAGGAGUGUACUUUUUAUAAGGGUCAGGCAACAUCCUGGGACGCAUUGCAGCCUGGAAAGGGCGGGCUUGUUUGUGUGGCUGGGUUCCCUGCUAGGAGAGGGCACACAGAACCUGACUCCCCAUUUUAGAUCCACAACUGAGGACCUAUGGGCCAUGCAGUCCCUCCCCCCACACACUGGGGCCACUCCAUCGGUCCAGCUGUGUGCUUGCCUGUGCCGCCCCCUGGUGGUAGCAGAGAAGCAAAGUAAAGAAGGGGAAACGAGGAUCACUGCAAAAGGAGCUGGGAGGGUGCGAUGUCUUGGGAGAAGCCCAUGGCAGCUACAGGGGUCAACAAGGCAUUGUAUGAGGCUUGUCCCUUUUGCUGUCAGUUGUUGGCUCUUUGCAGGUGCUGGCUAGGUUACUUUGCCUAUUAAUGCUGGCCACCUUUGUAGUGAGAUGGGAUGAGGAUCAGACAAGUGCAUGGAGGAUAUCCACAGAUGCUAGCCACAAUGGCUGCGUUCUGCCUCUACGGUCUGAAUGCCAAUUGCUGGAAACCGCAGGAGGGGAAAGUGUUCUUGAGCUCAGGUCCUGCUUGCAGGUUUUCCACAGGCAUCUGGGUGGCCCUUGUGAGAACAGGAUGCUGGACCAUUGGUCCAUCAGGCUGCUCUUGCGUUCUUAUAUUCUCAUUUAUUUCACCAUCUGCCAUCCUCAUUUUAUUUGCACUCCACUGGUCCUUCUGAAAGGAAGCACAAAGCAACUAGCAUUUUGCAGAAACAAAUGCAACAGCUAAAGGCAAACAGGAGGAGACUUUGGGGCGUGGAGGGCUGUGGCUUCGUGCUACGCAAAAGGUACCAGUUUCGGUCCCUGGCUUCUCCAGGCAGGUCUGGGAGAGACCCCUGCCUGAAACCCUGGAGAGCUGGAACAGUGCUCUGGCAUACUGAGGCAGAGGCAAAGGACAGGAGGGAGAACCAAAUGGGCCUUCGGCCUGAUUGAUCAGGUUUCUUCUUAUGUUCUUAUAAGCACCUGAGGUGAGAGAGCAGUGCACCAAACAGAAUAGCUGGGAAGAAACCACCAGUGUCUGUGCAGAAGGUUUCAGGAAGAGUGCCUGUUCGCUUGUAGCACCACCUGCUGGCAGAAUGCGGCACUAGAACUUGGAAACUUAUGCAGAGGAUAGAUAACAAAGCCAAAGCGCCAAAUACACUCGGUGUUGUUUUCAUUGUUUAAAAUACAUUUUAACAUUCGUGGUUGCUUAAUUUAUUUGGAUUUAAGCACAUAGGGCAUAAUUCACAAAGUUUAGUUAAAUUACAUAGGGAUUGGAGCAACGAACUACCGCAGAAAAACCUCCCUGGCCAAGGAAACGUUUGUUUUGCUCUCAUUAUUUUCUGAGAUUCCACCAAACGGGGCACAUUUUUGGGCCUCACUUUGCAGGAGGGUUAGAAACUUGGUGCAUUUCUGUAGUCAUUUAAUGCAAGCUGAGAUUUUUGUCAGGGCUUUGGAUUGUGCUCCCCAUCGAUAAUUCUGAACAAUUUAAGAUUGUAGCUGCUUUUCAAAAGGAAGGCAGUUGUGUUCCAUGAGCUGCCUCCUAAGCUCUGUGUAGUGUGACCCAAAUUAGCUGUGGCCAGCGAAGGAGGCUGCCGCCGACAAGAUGGAGAGACGAGUGCUGAUCAAGCUGCAGCUUGACAGGACUGGACUAAAUGGGUCAUUGGCCUCUGCGUAAAACAACUUCCUGUGCCCUUCCUGUUAGGGAUCCUGGUAGCUUUUCCCUCCCCUUCUCUGUCUCCUGCAUAAUGGUACUAACAACUCUGCCCUCCACUGCUGCUCAGGGCUUUCUCAUCCCUUUUCGCCUUCAACCUCCCCCUUUUCUGAUGAUCUGUGCUGUGAUAGUUCUGCUCCUGAGAGAGAAGGGUUCCUUAACCCACGCCGUCUCAGUGUACAGAUCAUCGCUUGGCAGACAUCUGGGAAAGGCCCCCUGAACUGAGUCGCCACAUUUUGCACCUUUCUUACCCCAAGCAGAUGGCCAGGCUCUGUUUAGAGGGCAGGAUUUGAUCUCAUCCUGCGCAGCCCAUUUUCCGUUGGGUGGGGUUAGGGCCAAGGGGCCAAAUGUGCUCCCCACAGCAAGAAGGAGAAAUCCUGUCCACAGACACCAUUGCAGUUGGUGGUGCAUUUGGGACCGGCCCGUUGUCUCUCUGAAAAGAGCGGAGAUGCGGCCCUCGCAGCACCAGCGUCUCGGGACGGCCCCUCGUUGGCUCUUUGUGGGGCCUCGGCGCCUCCGGGUUUCCUGCGCCUCCUUCCGCCAAGCCCGGCUUGCUUUACUGAGCUUUGAGAGCAUCUCUGCGUGUUACAGACAUGUCCCUGGAAGAGGUUCGUGCCUUCGAGACUCAGAUGCACGUGGCCACAAAUAAAAACUUCAGCACCCAGGACCCUUAACGCCCCACCUGGUCAGCCCUGCCCAGGACUCCCGUUUUGUAUGUAUAUGUUUUGUUUUUGCCUUUUGGUCUUUCCUUUCUUCUCCUGGAUCUCAGCAUAGCAGGUCCCAGCCCUAUUCCUGCUAAGGCUCCCCUGUCCUUUGGAGACCCAGCUAUGCCUUUUCUGUGCCCAAGAUGCAUGAGAGCAGCAGCAGCAGUGCAAAGGGUGUCUGGAGCAUGUUGGGAAAGGGCUGUAGCUUAGGGACAGAGCAUCUGCGUUACAUGCAGAACUCUCAGGUUCAGUCCUUGGCGUCUCCAGGUAGGGCUGGGAGACACCUCCGUCUGAAAUCCUGGAGAGCCAUUGCCACUCAGUGUAGGCCAUAUUAAGCCAGAUGGACCAAUGGUAUGAUUCUGUCCAAGGCAGCUACCAAUUGUUCCUGUGGUGAGCAUUAAACUGACUUCAUGGCUUUCCCCGAUAGAUGUGCAGGGAUGCUGGGUCACCAGCCAACCUGAAUGGAAGGGGGAAUUGCAUUCAGAGUGCCAAUCCUUACCUAGCAAACACAGCAGCAUGCAGUGCAAUAGGGACAGGGAUCCUUGUACUUGGGGAAUGGCAAAGUUUUCAGAAGUAUACGCACAAAUGGAGGAAAGAAAGAGAGGAGAAAACAUAUAAGGAGCAUCAACAAUACCAGCCCAGGAAAGUUCAAGCACCUGUGUUGGGUGGGAUGGCGAGUGGAAUGGAGUAUCUCACUAGUGGUUUCCUGCUGCUCUCAGAAAGGGAGGGAAAGGGGGUAACCCGCUGGCCUGGAUUUGAAUCUGAGUCCUCUGCUUCCAGAAGGGAUGGAUUGAUGGGUUGGUCUUGUCCUGAGACCUCUGGGUAUACGGCAGAAUAUAAAUUCAGUCAAUAAAUAAAAUUGAUCCACUGCCCAGAAUUGAGUGUGACAUGUUCAUGACAGUGGUGAUUUUAUUAUUGUAAUCAUUGUUUUUAUUUUAAAUUACACUUGAUUUAGAUUUGGGCUUUCAAAAACAAAUAUUCAACUUUAUGUUUAAGGGUUAUCAGUGAUACAAUAGUGAGCUGUACUCAGUGGUGAUACAGUAAUUGUACAUUAUUACAAAUAAGAAUAAUGCUAUGCCAAUAAAGGCUGAAUGAAUGAAUAAUAAUAAUUGUUAUAAGUCCUCCUCAGGGUGAAGGGCAGAUUAGUAUUACCAUUUCUAUCCCACUAGUAUUCCAAAGAACUUAAGGUGGUCUUUUAUUGUUCUCCCGCUCUCCAUUUUCCCCCUCACAACAACCCUGUGUUGUAGGCUGAGAGACAGGUGACCUACUCUAGGUCCCCCAGUGAUCUUCAUUGCAACCUUGCUCUCCCAAGUUCUUGUCUGACACUCUAUCCACUAUACCACGCUUUCGCACCUGGGGAUGGAGGGGAAGCUAAAAUCGACCCUUGCCUUGCUCUCCUCCCCGUUAAGGCUCCAGAGAGAGGCGAGUGGUGCCCUGAGGGAGGAGAGGCAGCCGCUCGGGCCUAACCCAAAGAGAGGCAGCAAGCGCCCGCCCCGCCCCCAACCUCAACCUCUUCUCAGAAAGCCUCCCUCCACCUUUUCUUCCCACAGGGAUGACAAUGGACGAGGUGCGCCUGUACGAGAAGGAAACCCAGGAGGCGACCAACGAGAUUGUCGGCAUGGCGGAGCCCACCUUCACCCUCAGCGGAAUGCGCCUGCCCCCCAACACCCAGAGCGCCCCUUCCACUCCCCUCAGCGGCGACGCGCCAGACUUCCUCAGUGUGCCCAAGGACAGACCGCGGAAGAAAUCUGCCCCAGAGAUGCUCUCUCUGCCGGUCCUGAGGGAGCGUGCCAACGCAGAGUGA